AAAGAAAAAAAAACAAGAAAAAACGCUCUAUUUUCAUUUCAGAGACUUGGAGUCCCGGUGGAGGGAAAGGUUCGGGUCCAGCUGAAUCUCAAGGUGGAGCGACAACCAUACAUCGGGGCCGUGGCCAAUUUCCCCGACAUCACUUUUCCCGUGAUGUGGCUCGAGGAAGGAAUCGACGAGCUCACUCCUGCGAUGAGGCGAUGGAUUUACAUGGCGACCACAUUCGCGGAUGCCGCAGUGCCCUGCAUCGCCUACGGCUUGAUUCUAGUCGGUCUGAUAACCGUGAUCGCCGUUCUUAUCAAGGCCUACCAGAAGGUGACGUUCGCCCACGAAGCCAUCGAGCUCGGGAAAAGGACUAUCCGAAGGGGCUCGUCCUUCAUCGCGAACGGUCCCCACAGGCUACUCGUCGUCAGGGAAUCUUACGUUUUGCUUAAUAACAACGUCUCGGAUGAAAAGGGAAUGGAGGAGUUGUGAUAUUACAAGUAUUAGGCACUCAAGGCAGCUCUUCUCUUAUCAAGAAACGCGGCUGAGUUCCGCGCCAAAUACAAACUCGCUCGCCUCUGAAUACCUUUACUACGCUCAACACUGUUAAAAGUAUCUCCUCGAAGUACACCGUACAGUAAAUGACUGUCAAGACAAAUCUUCGGAAACUUUUUACAGAAAUUUUCGGAUCUCUGUAUACAAGUUAUCGAAUUUCAAAGUGUACUCCGAAUAUCGAAAUAUUUCCAGGUUAAUUCUUGAUCAAGUCUUGUUUGUAUACUUUUCGGUAACGUACACUGGGAGACAUCAAUGCCCUCCCAUCCUGCACAGGCGAUGUCGUACCUGGAGGGGAGGCAUUCAUGUCCACAUU